UCCAGCUGCACAUCCUCCUUUGCUUCGAAGGAAAGGACCCGGCUGUUUCCCCCGCAGCGAUACAUCGACUUUUCCGGAGGAGUUUACCAUGACAGCGACCAAGGAGCAGCCGAAUCAGAGGCAGAAUCAACCGCAGCAGGAAGAGGACCUCGGUGGGGUGAGUCCACCUCAAAGGAACUGGAAAGGCAUCGCCAUUGCCUUGCUUGUCAUCCUUGUGGUUUGCUCCCUCAUCACCAUGUCAGUCAUCGUCCUCACACCAGCCGACACUCAAGCUGGAAGUGACACCAAACUGACUGUGGAGGAUCUCUUUAAGCCAGAGUUCAAAGUCCAUGACCCAAAGGCCAAUUGGGUCAAUGAUUCUGAAGUUAUUUACAGAAACAGUGAUGGCCAUGUCAUCAAGUUCAACAUCCUCUUUAACGAAACAGAGAUUGUCCUAUCAAACACAACAUUUAUAAAUUUCAAUGUGGCCAAAUAUUCUGUGUCCCCUGACUUGAAGUAUGUGCUUUUUGCUUAUGAUGUCAAACAGGUUUACCGACAUUCCUACAUGGCUUCCUACAGCAUCUACAAUAUUCACACAAGGGAAGUUUGGGAGCUGGACCCUCCAGAGGUGGCAAACUCAGUUCUGCAGUAUGCUGCCUGGGGUGUGCAAGGCCAACAACUGAUCUACAUAUUUGAAAAUAACAUCUACUAUCAGUCUGAUGUAAAGAGCAAUUCUCUGAGGCUGACAUCCUCAGGAAAAGAAGGGGUCAUAUUUAAUGGAAUUGCUGACUGGCUUUAUGAAGAGGAGAUCCUCCAGACCAAUGUGGCACACUGGUGGUCACCAGAUGGAGAGAGAUUGGCCUUCCUAAUUCUUAAUGACACUCAAGUUCCCAACAUGGCUUUACCUCGAUUCACGGGCUUGACAUAUCCCAAAGGAAAACAGUAUCCAUACCCCAAGGCUGGCCAACCCAAUCCAGUGGUGAAGCUCUCCGUUGUCAAUCUUUACGGGCCGACGCACACUCUAGAGCUCAUGCCGCCAGACCGUCUCAAAUUACGGGAUCAUUAUGUGACCAUGGUGAAGUGGAUUAGUAAAACCCACACAUCUGUUAGAUGGUUGAACCGAGCUCAGAACAUCUCCACUCUGGCUGUGUGUGACACCACAACAGGAGCCUGUGCCACGAGACAUGAAGAAAAUUCUGAGCUCUGGCUUUCUCGACAGAACCAAGAACCAGUGUUCUCGAAAGAUGGCAAAAGAUUCUUCUUGACUGUACCAGUUAAACAAGGAGGACGUGGAGAGUUUCAUCACAUCGCUAUGUUUAACACCCAGCUCAGAACAGAUGAAAAUGAGGUCCGGCAUUUAACAUCAGGAAACUGGGAGGUGACGAAGAUUCUUGGUUAUGAUGAAAACACUGAUAAUCUAUACUUUCUCAGUACGGAGGGUUCACCACGAAGGAGGCAUCUUUACAGUGUGAAAACUGUAGGAUUGUUCCUACGAUGGUGUUUGACGUGCAAGCUUAAUAAGGCACACUGUUUGUACUUUGAUGCUGUGCUAAGCCCUACACACCAGCACAUUAUCCUCCACUGUAAAGGUCCUGGAACACCGAUGGUGAUUCUACAUAGCCUCAAUAGUUCAAAUUACUAUAUUCUUGAGAACAACUCCUUGUUAAAGGCAGCCUUGAACUACAAAAGGAUCCAGCUGACUGAGUUCAGGACCGUUUCAGUUGGACAUUUUGAUUUACCAUUGAAAAUCUCGUAUCCACCUGACUUCUCAGAAUCUCGUCAUUAUGGGCUACUCUUGGUAGUUGAUGGCUUCCCUGGUGGUCAAGCUGUGAGUGACUACUUUGCUCUCAGCUGGGAUUCAGUGUUGGUCAGCUCUGAUAACGUGAUUGUGGCUCGUCUUGAUGGACGGGGUAGCGGCUUCCAGGGCCAAAGGGUCCUGCAUGAGGUCCAUCAGAGACUGGGCACUGUGGAUGUUCAAGACCAAAUCGCAGCAGUGGACUACAUGAUGAACUUUCCAUACAUUGAUAAGACCCGCAUAGCAAUUUUUGGAAAGGGUUAUGGAGCCUAUAUGGCAUUAAUGCUGCUGAAGUCUACGGACAGUGUCUUCAAAUGUGCAUGUGCUAUGUCACCCAUGACAGACUUGAAGUUGUAUGCAUCAGCCUUCUCGGAGAGAUACCUUGGCAUGCCUGUACGAGAUGACAGAAGAUACCAGUUCUCCAGUGUGCUGCAGAAUGUUCAUGCACUAAGAGAGCAGACACUGAUGCUGGUACACGGCACAGCAGAUGCCAACAUCCACUUUCAACAUACUGCUGAGCUAGUCAAGAACCUUGUGAAAGUUGGAGCAAACUACUCAAUGCAGCUCUACCCAGAUGAGGGCCAUUUCCUGACUCGUCAAAGCAACCAGCACCUGUAUGCCACUCUUACCACCUUCUACAGGGAGUGCCUGAAGGAGGAGUUGCUCCCACUGAAUGACGAUGAAGAGGAGCAGGAGGAGUAGGCAGAAGCCUUUUUUGCAUUUGGACCGCACGCUAUACGGACAUGGCCAGUGUAGUUUAGAGCGGCUCAUGCGCUUAAAAGUGUGUUAUAAAGACAAUUUAUGAUCAUAUAUGAUGACAGUAACACUUUUUACUGUGGGGACUUGAGGUAGGAAAUGGCCUCAUAAAUGAUUUAAGUUCUACUCCAAUUAUUGUCAAAGCACACUGAACACUCUCCUUGUCUUUUACGAGAUCUCUUGUCACGCUUGUUGUCAUUCCAUGUGAUUUCAUUGCAUGGUUCUUUUUCUUGUGAUGACUUCCAUUCCCUUCACCUUCACUAACUUCUUUGUGGUAACAAACAACAAUGGAAAUCACAUUUUAUCUUACCUCUAUCUUACCUCUUUGGUUGUUGGAUUGCAACAGUCACUAGAAUAUCUGGCAAAAAGUUAAGCACUGUUUCUCGUUUAGGAUCUGAAAUGGGUUACACUUGAUCCAUCUAUGUGCAAAAAAAAAGAAAAAAAUAGCAAUGUACACCUAAAACAUGGGCAAAGCAAUUUACAUAAGUAUUCUAACUUCAGUAUUUCACAACAGUGUGUAGCUUGACAAAAUCUCUUGAAUUAUCAGAAGGAUAAAAAAAAACAUACUUCUCUACUAAACAACGUAUUUUGUCAGGUAUUCUAUUCAUUACUCAUGAGAAGAGGCAAUGUAUUGAUGCACCAAAAAAAGACCGUCCUUAGCUCCUCUGAUCAUGAUUAAGUGCAAUUCUUACUGCAAUUUUCCACUAUUCCCCCUGAAAUUAAAACAUUUUGUCAAUAUCACAUCUAUUGUACAGAGUCUUUGUGAAGACGUACAAUGCCAAAUGACGUUCAACUCAUUGUAAUAUAUCAUGUGGGCAGUGGUAGUUUUGCAUUAGUAAUGUAAUGUAAACUGAUGUCAACUCAGGUGUUCAAGAAAUAGAGUUUAGGAUGCAAAAGAUAAGACUCAGUCGUAUGGUCUCAAAUAAGUUUCUCCAUGAAAAUAAAUUACAGGUCACAUGGUACUGGUAAUUUCCAUUUCAGAAUAUGUUAUUUAAUACUAAUGCAGUGACAUCUCAAAAGUGGUGCAUAUUCUUUUUCAGGAUAUUCUCCAAAGACCUAAUAUUUGAAAAUAUAUAGAAAUGGAAAUUAUAACGUGGAUUUUUUUUUGUAGUAUCAUUAAGGUGUGUGCAUGUCUACAGGGAAUGUGUCAAGUUUUGCCACUUUUGUACAGUACAAUACAGCAAAGUGUGUACAUAAUAUAUUUUUGAGAUGUCUCGUAGAAAGUUGAGUCUAAAGGGAAUUUAUUGCUUUGACUUUGAUGUAUUGUUUCCAUUAUAUUUUAUCUCUAGUGUUAAUUUUAUUAGAAUGGAUUUUGUAAUGCUUGGUCUUUUUUUCCUUGCCAUUUUAAAAAGGGAAAGGACAGUGUCGUGGUGUUGGGGUUGCUGUGAUUGUCCUCUAGCAGUGGGUAUAAAUGGGUAAUUAAUAAUAAUUAAACAAAUGAAUAGACACCAAUGUGUAUCAAGUCAGAAAUGUACACACAUAACCAAUGAUAUUUACUGUAACUACAGCAAUAAAAUGAAUGAUUCAGUCACUUUAGAAGCUGUGGUGUAGUUACCUUCUCCUGGGAGAUUGAAUAAAACCGUCCCAAAUAGUGAGGAACAGUAAUGACAGUCAAAUGUAAUUGAAUAAAUGUACUGUUCACAACAAAAAUGCCGAAUUGGACAGAAGAAAGGCAUGAAAAGUUGAUCAAAGCAUUGUAUCUUUGUGACAUGCUGUUAAGAGGUUCAACAAAAUAAAGUUGGUGCUUUAAAUUGUUGUUUCCCAAUAGGAACCCCAGGGGUUGUGUUUCUUUCGUCUAUUUACUGUAUUUUUUUGCAAGUUCGAAAUCCCCGGUAGGUGUGUGAGGGUCAUUAGCCAACAAUAAUUUGUUGGCCAUUGUUGAGUUCUGUCUCGUUCAGUUACAUCGCUUACGAUAUGUUUUAGCUUCUAAAUUAGUUAAAAUUUUGCGAGCAAUUUAAAGAAGGUGUUUCCAGACAUUCUCAGCAUCCAUAACUGAUUUACAUAUAUUGUACUGAUCAAACACUGCUGUCUACAGGAUGUAGAGUGGGAGUAUAUUUAAGUCAAUUACAUUGACACACAUUAGCCCAUUUCACCCCUCAGUGCACAGAAAAUGUAAACAUUUACAACAUUAAGUGCAAGAAUUAGACUGUCACACAAUGGAUGAUCUGGUAAUUUCAACAAAUCCGGACCCGUAUGUUGGGUGGAGCAAAUUACUAUACCUUUGAAAGCAAAAUAAGAUUGAGAUUAAAUGCUUUUUAACAAUGAAAGGAGAACUUCUGUGUUCAGCCUC